CAAUUUCCCAGAACACAUCCUGCUAUUGUCCCAAUAUUAGUCAUCCACUCCCUCACUCCUCCCUAAAAGCACUCCUAGAGUACCUACGAACCAGCCAGGUUCAAGCUUUAACACACAACUAAGUGGAGCAGGAACACUUUGUCCUGUAAAAUGAAAAACAGGUAGAGAAAUCAAGGGACAACUUGCCAAAGCGCAACAGCUCUUCUGCUUUGAGAACAGAGAAAGUUCAGGAUGUCAUCAGGUUUCAGUGACAUAAUCAAACAAGGAUGCGUGAAGAUUCGCAGUCGGCACUUUCGGAUCUAUCAGAAAUGCUGGCUGGUGAUGAAGAGGGCUUCUAGUGAGGGUCCCGAUAUGCUGGAAAAAUACUCGAACCAGCGAUCCACCAGUACUAAAAGCCCCCAAAAGGUGAUGAGUCUGACCAACGUAAAGAAUGUCAGUAGAGUUCCAAAACAGCAGAAGAAGCAUGCAGUGAUGCUUGAGUUCAGGGAAGAGUCCUCACUGACUUUUGCUUGUAAGUCAGAGGCAGAAGCUGAUGAAUGGUACAACGUGCUACACAUAUACUGUAUUCAAGAAAGGAAGAAGAAACUUGAUUUUGGUGAACCAGACUUGCUCUGUCAUAUAAGGAAUGAAGAGUGUGUGCAGUACCAUGUAUUCCCGCUGCCAUCUGACAGCUUCACAGCCCAUGGAGAGUGUACACUCCAAAUCACACACAAGGCCAUUCACUUGUACAAUGCCCAUGACCCCAGGCAGAGAAUUGCAUCAUGGCCUCUGAAGGUACUGCGACGAUAUGGACGAGACCGCACCUGCUUUACCAUUGAAGCUGGCAGAAUGUGUGACACAGGAGAGGGCUUGUUCAAGUUUCACACUCCAGAGGGAGAGGCCAUCUAUCAGAGGGUUCAUACUGCAGUACUGGCUAUCAUGGAAUCGCAGUGUAGCCAUCCGGUCAGGACGCAGAAUGACUGACCACCGCACUGCAGUGCCUUUUUGCAACACACAUAAUUGCACAAAGUAUACAUAUUACUAGACUUCU